CUUCGUAAAGUUUCAAUCUUUCAACUAAAAGGUUCAAAACCCAUUUGAAAUCUGUGUGAAAGACUUGUAAUUUAAGGUGUUAAAUCCGCCAUUGUUGUUCUCUUUACGAACUUGGGCAAUUAGGGUUGAAUUAGGGUUUCACGUUUCUGGGUAGUGUGUACUCUGUUCUUCGUAAAGUUUCAAUCUUUCAUCUAAAUGGUUCAAAACCCAUUUGAAAUCUCUGUGAAAGACUUGUAAUUUAAGUACUUAGAUGCAUGGACGGGAGAGAAGCAAUGUCAUUUCCAGGCUCGCAUCCUCACUACUAUCUCCAAAGAGGAGCCUUUACGAAUCUCUCACCUUCCCAGGCCGCGAGUGGACUCCACGCGCCGCCUCAUCCGGGGAUGAGGCCAGUGUCAAACCCUAACGUUCUUCAUCAUCCUCAGGCUAACAACCCGGGGGCUCAUUUCUCCGUGGCUGAGCACAGACACUCUGAUUUCGGACACAGCAUUCACAUGGGGAUGUCUUCUUCUGCGGUGGAGGAGCAGACGGCUUUGAUACAGCAGCCGCCGCCAGCGAUGGAGACGGUGAUGGUUAAGAAGAAACGUGGAAGGCCGAGGAAGUAUGCUCCUGAAGGUCAAGUCUCUUUAGGGCUUUCUCCUAUGCCUUGUGCUUCUUCUGGUAGUAAUAAAGCUAAGGACGACUCUUCUGCAGUGACUGAUCCAAAUGCUCCUAAGCGAGCCAGAGGUCGACCUCCUGGAACUGGAAGGAAGCAAAGAUUGGCUAAUCUUGGUGAGUGGAUGAACACUUCAGCUGGACUUGCUUUUGCACCUCAUGUCAUUAGUGUGGAAGCAGGAGAAGAUGUUGUUUCGAAAGUUGUGGCAUUCUCACAGCAAAGGGCUAGGGCUCUUUGUGUAAUGUCAGGCACUGGAACAGUUUCUUCAGUUACUCUACGUCAACCUGCAACAACAGAGCCUUCUUUAACAUUCGAGGGACGUUUUGAGAUUUUAAGUUUAGGUGGAUCGUACUUGGUGAAUGAAGAAGGUGGAUCCAAAAGUAGGACAGGCGGUUUGAGUGUCUCUCUAUCUGGUCCUGAAGGUCAUGUUAUUGGCGGUGGGAUUGGAAUGCUCAUUGCAGCCAGCCUCGUUCAGGUUGUGGCGUGUAGUUUUGUAUACGGAGGAGUUGCAAAGCCUAAUAGCACUAACAAGUCUACCAAACAAGAGAAGAAACCAAAGGAAGAGCAGAACAAUAGCGAGAUGGAGACCACACCGACUAAUGCACCAGAAGCAGCAACACCUGUGGCUCAGCAGACGCCACAGAACUUCGCAGGUCAGGGAAUGAGUGGAUGGCCUGGUUCAGGUGAAGGUUCAGUCUCAGGCUCAGGCAGAUCACUAGACUCUAGCAGAAACCUACUCACUGAUAUUGACUUGACUCGUGGAUGAUUCAAAGAGAAAGAAUAUUGAUCUUUCUACCUAUUUACUACCACUACCUUCAUAGCUAUUCAAGCAGCAGCAGCAUAUAGAAUGUGAGUGCUGUAAAUAUCUUUGUUGUUGUAGAUUUAUUUAUCUGAGAAUAUGUUAAACCAGAAAUCUCAGAGGACUGAGACAGAUCUCUGUGUUCCUUCUAACAUUGUAAUGUAACAGAACCCUUCUCUAUUCAGGUUAUUUAUGAAGAUGUUUGCCUAUUUAUCCCA